AAUUCGCGAAACGCGCCAUCUUUGUUUCGUGUCAUGUAAAGUUUUGUUGCUUUUCGCUGAAACUUGCKCUGUUUUUUCUACAAUUUUGGGUUCCCACUCAACUAUCUGAUGGCCUUAUGAUUUUUACAAUUGAGUCGAGGCUUUCUAGGGGUUUUAACCUUGUUAAAAAGGGCCUGUUCCUUGGUUUGACCAAUGGAUUGCAUGGGAGGUGGUCACUGCAUUGACAUCAACAGGGCAUCRCCGAACGAUUUAGCACACUUGACUGGCAUUGGUAGGACAAAAGCAGARGCAAUAUGCGAGUUCAGAGAUGCUCUUGGGGGAUUUGAAAAUGUCUAUGACUUGACGCAAGUGCCUGGUAUAGGACCACAUGUUGUCGAGUGCAAUAAAAAUGUAUUACUGUGUUCUACAGCUAGACAAACCUUUGCAAAAAGGGUAACAAGGUCUUCAGCGACCACAAAAAGAGACAGAUCUCAUAGCCAUCAAAGACACAUCUUUAGAAGAAUAUUAACCACGCAGAAGUCUACCAAGACGUCGCGUAAGCACAAGCUUGCAGGCAAGCUUGAAUCAACGACAGAGACUACGGCAAGUCCGCCUAAAAAGCUAUGCACACCUACAAAACAAGRUAGAACUGUUCGAAUUCUUCCUGUUAAAAGUUAUGGCAGAAUCAAGACCGACACAUCGUUAUCACAAUCAGGUGAAGCACGGUGUAGGAGGACAUCACUUUGUAGCCAACCUCCGGCAGGCUUAAAAGARUGGCUGCAAACAUUUCACCACUGGGGCUUAGAAGAGAAGAAGUUUGUUUUGGAAGAAAUUAUUGACACUUGUGAACCAACUUUGGUUCGGCAUAUGAUGGGUACAAUUGAACCAAGAUUCCAAAGAGAUUUUAUUUCUCUGUUGCCAAGGGAAUUAGCUCUUUAUGUUCUCUCGUUUCUGGGGCCAAAGGAUUUACUUCAAGCAGCGCAAACAUGUAAAUGUUGGCAAAUACUUUGCGACGAUAACCUGCUAUGGAAACAAAAGUGCAGAGAAGCUAGAAUAGACGACGAACCUGUAACCAUAACAAAAUCACCGCGUCGACGCAGCCACAAAGAGAGCAGCAAUUCGCCACAAUCAUCAUACACCAAACAUGUGCCAAGCCCGUUUAAAAAACUCUUUAUGACAAAGCAACAGAUUUACUGGAAUUGGAGGUGUGGUCCCUUGCGACCAUCCAAAAUACUCAAAGGCCAUGAUGACCAUGUCAUAACRUGUUUACAAUUUUCUGGCUCACGUGUGGUYAGUGGAUCAGAUGACGGCACACUUAAAGUAUGGUCUGCAACCACUGGGAAGUGCCUGCGCACUCUUGUUGGACACACAGGUGGKGUGUGGUCUUCUCAAYUAAGUGGCAAUAUUAUUGUUAGUGGGUCGACAGACAGAACACUCAAAGUAUGGAAUGCCGAUACAGGCUAUUGUAUUCAUACAUUAUAUGGGCAUACGUCUACUGUGCGGUGUAUGGAUAUGAAUGACGGCAAGGUUGUGAGUGGAUCUAGAGAUGGGACUCUACGGGUAUGGGAUACAGCAAGYGGCAACUGUCUUCAUGUUCUUGUUGGACAUUUAGCUGCUGUUAGAUGUGUCAAGUACAAUGGCCGUCGUGUCGUCAGUGGAGCUUAUGAUUUCCUGGUAAAGGUUUGGGAUCCAGAAGCUGAARCAUGCAUCCAUACGCUACAAGGGCACACUAAUAGAGUGUAUUCUCUUCAAUUUGAUGGUGUUUACAUUGUAAGUGGUUCUCUGGACACUUCUAUACGAGUAUGGCAUGCUGAAACAGGACAGUGCCUGCAUACUCUAGUUGGUCAUCAAUCACUCACCAGUGGCAUGGAGCUUCGUAACAACACCUUAGUGUCUGGUAAUGCUGACUCCACGGUUAAAAUAUGGGACAUUACGACUGGUCAAUGCCUGCAGACCUUAGCUGGGUCAAAUAAGCAUCAGAGUGCUGUAACGUGUCUACAGUUUAGCAGCAAGUUUGUUAUUACAAGCUCUGAUGAUGGGACCGUUAAGAUCUGGGAUCUUCACACAGGGGAGUUUAUAAGGGACUUGGUUAAGCUUGAGAGCGGAGGCAGUGGUGGCGUUGUUUGGAGAGUAAGGUGUGACGAGAAGAAACUUGUGUGCGCUGUUGGUAGCCGUAAUGGUACRGAAGAAACUAAGCUUCUUGUGCUGGACUUUGAUGUACACGAAUAGGCUUCGUCCACAGCACUUAAAAAUAAUUUAUCUUUCAUUUGAAAAGCUGCUAAUUUCAAAUCGUAUUCAUUGCUUAUGUAUGUAUUUAAAUGUUUGCAACCUACAUUGUAGGGGUAUUCAUAAUGACAAGCUAGUCACUUUGUGACACCAUUGACUUCACUCCAAAGUACAUGUACAUAACUUGCAAUUUAUCUCUGUUAUUAUCUGUGUUCUUACUGACAAGAAUAUUAAUAUUCAUGUUUCUUAGGCAAAGCGUAUCUUUGUUGUUUAUACCUUAAUUCUUCAUCAGGUCAAAGUUAUUUUUAUUCAUCAAAUAUGUCGUAGAUAAUUCUGGUGUAUAUCUACAUAUAUGUACAUGUACAGUAGCAUGACUUGCAAAUUUAAUGUAACUAUUAAGUAAAUAUCUACUUCAAGCUAUUUCUUUCAUAUUGCAAAUGAGACUAAAGUUUUGUCAGUGUUUCUCAUCAUAAUACAGCAUCUAUAAAUUCAUUUGGAAAAACUUGCUGCGCAGUAAAAGACAAAAAACAUCAAAAUUUGAAAUAACUCAGAAUAUUUUUUUCUGUGUACACAUGACAUACUUCAUUGACAAAUAGGUAAUUCUCAUCUUUGGUAAAACAUGAGUUUAUUGUCUUAACCUUUAAAAUAAAGACAUAAAUAUGACAGUCAAGAUAUAUAAUUGCCAAAGAGACACACUAAGUUAACCAUGGAAUUAGAGAUAACUGAAGCAUAGAGUGCCAGCAUCAAUAACCAUGAAACUUGAURAUAUGAAAUACAAAAUCUAAAAAAAAAUGCAACAUAAAAUGGUACAAAACAUUCGCAAAUAAUGCUUAUUCCUUUGUUAUCCAGUUGAUAAAUCCUUAUCCAGCAGAUAAAAUCCAUACCAAAUAUAUGGAAAGGGCAACUUCUUAAUGUUGGAUAACUUCACACGAUUGGCCCCAGACUCAUAAAUUGUUUUUUAUUCUUUGUGAAUUAGCACAAACAAUAUUAUCAUUUGAUAAUUUYGUGCCUUGUAUUUUAUUUUUCACUGUUUUGUAAUUUGUAUUUCAUGGUUUAUUGAUKCUGUUUUCACUCUAGUGACCCAAUGCUUCAUUCUAAUGCAUCAUCUUGCUUGUCCUACAGUAUAAUUUAAAUAACUGAACCAUGUAGAGAAUUCUGUGAUAUAGAAGGGACAUCUUUGAUGUUCAUCCRAGACAAUUCAUGUGAAAUAUGAAUAGAUAUGACAAGCCAUGUUAUGGUAAAAUGAGGUGGCAUGCUUUCAAAUACUUGAUAACUGUUGUUCCAUUACUUUUUAGUUGACUAAAGUCUUUCUACAUAAAUUAUUUUUAUCUGCUCUGUGGAAUUCUAAUAAGCAGCACCCAUGCAGUAAAGAUGAUCUUAUGCAUACUUAAAUGAUUUUCCAGAAAUGUUUUCCUCAAAAUUCAAAUGAUUUGCAGUACGUUUAGUGUUUUUUUUUUCAUUUUAAAGCUGAAUUCUAAGAAACAAGAUGACUUCAGUUCUAUCYCGUGCUGUAUGGACUUAAAAGUGAACAAUUGUCACUGAAUUUCCUACAUUGUGCUUGCCUUAAAACCAACAAAGCUUUUUGAAAACAUGUUACCUCAUUUUACCAAGGAUCAAAUUCCAAUCACCAACAUGUAAGAAAAAAACAAAUUUUAUUAUCAACAUUAAUUUUGAAAAUUUUCACUUUUCUAAAAUACCAUACUUUAGUGUACAUUUAUACAUAUGCAUUUACUAUACGUGUAUUCCUUUCUACAGCAUGAAUCAUUCAAUUAAUAAAUCUAUUUUCAAUAUGCAAAAUGA